AUGGCCGACAGUGGUAUAUAUGAUGAAGCAGGGAACCAGGUUAAGGAAAGUAUUGGUGAUAGUUUCCAGUCAAAUAACAAUUCCCAAGAGGAAAAAGCUUCAUGGGGCUCAGGAUACAGGAGAGGUAGCCGACAUAGUCAUGUUGAUCAGGACAUAAGAGAGGGAGCCGGCCACAGUCAAGAUACAGGGAAUACACCUCACUCACAAGUGUGUAAUGUGAUUAAUUCGGAUGGUGAUGAUGAAAUAUCUGAAAACAAUAGUCUUCCAUUUAUAGAUGAUGGUGCUGUCAAUGUAGAAUGUGGUGUGAUAAAGCUUGAAAAAGAACACAGUGAUGAUAUGAAGUCAGUUGAUGUAGAUGAAAUACAGAUCAGUGAAGAUAUGCCUGAUAGCUUCAGGGAACAUUCUACUGACUGGGAGAAGAUUGAAGAACAAAUCAUUUCUUGUGAUAAUGUUAAUAAUGAUAAAGUCUCUAGUCAUACAAAUGGUAUUCAAAAGAGAAAAGCAGAAGUCUGUAACCAGGAAGAAGUAAAAGCUGUUCAUGUUGAUGAAGUCAGUGCUGAAAUGCCAUCAGAUCUUCAAGCCUCUUUUACCGAUCAGAAUAAGAACCAGACGAAGGCUUCGGUUCGCUUCCGUGAAGACGGUACAGGGGAGAUAGAGGAGGAGCAUAUAGCUCCUGUCACAGCUGGGAAACUUCAUGCAACCCCCAGUAGAAAGGAUGCUGCCUCCCGCAGGAAAACCUGGGCCUCCCGGAAACUCAGAAAAAUAUUCAAACUGAAGGAUAAGAAUGAGGAUGAGGACCAGCCUGAUGGGAAAGACAAGAGUGAGAAGUCUGACUCGGAUGAUGAGAGUUCAGGACACAAGUUCCGUAACAAGUGGCCUAUGGUUCUCAACAACAAGAAGCUGGAGCAUGGAGGCAAGCGCCCGGAGGACGAGGAGCCCAUCCCGCCUGAAAGCCCUUAUGAGCGGGGUGUGCAGUCCCCACAUCAGUCUCUGUCAGCCAGGAUUGUGAGCAAAAUAUCAUUUCGUGCAUCACGGCAGGACAGUGAUGAUGACUUCCAGCAUUUCCUGUAUCCAUGGAAACGACUGUUUCGCCGUGAUGAUUCAGCAGUGAUGGUAAAGUCAGUGAUGAAAACCUCAGUGGCUGAUGACUACGAGGGUCUUGAAGGCUCGUCAAAGUUGUGGAUUGGGAAAGACUACAUAAACUUCAUCCACAAAGAUCCUGUUGAUGUCCAUAAUCCUUUUGAAGAUUUCAUUGAGCGUGACAAGACACCUCGUAUGCCAUGGCACGAUGUUGGGGGCGUGGUGUACGGCAAGGUUGCCCGAGAUAUUGCGAGACAUUUUAUCCUCCGUUGGAACUUCUGCAAGACUGAGAAUUUCAAGUCGAAUAAAGAGUUCCCAAUCUUGAUGCCCAAGACAUAUGCCAAGUGUGAGGUGUCCCCGGCCAUCAAGGAUAUCACCUACAGCUGUACCACCCAAAUUCUUCGUAGCGUUUGUGGCUGGUCGACGGGCAUAAACCGAACUGAGCAGUCCAUACACCAAGCAUACCUGGACUGCAUCAAGCGGGCAAAACACUACAUUUACAUCGAGAACCAGUUUUUCAUCAGCCAGAUAGGGGACCACUCGAUGGUCGGGAACGAGAUCAGUGAGGCACUCCUAGAAAGAAUAGUUCGCGCCCACAAGCUGCAGGAGACGUUCUGUGCGUAUGUGGUGCUCCCUCUGCUGCAGGCGUUCAAGGGUGAGAUAGGAGCAACGGGUGGUUACUUUAUCCAGGCUGUCCUACACUGGAACUACAUGUCAAUCUCCAAGGGUGAUAACUCACUUUGGCAGCAGCUCGCAAAAUGA